AUGUUCGUGUUUUACAAAGAGACCACACGAACAUUGAAAUCUUCUCCCAUUAGGAAAAAAAGAAUAGCAUCAACUUUAUUGUCAAAUAGUUCAUCACCAACAACAGUAGUAGUAGAACAACAUCAUCGCUCUUAUCCUUCUACUUCUUCUACAAUACCCUCCUGGUCGGUGCUGAUUUUUUCAGCUGCCGAUAUUCUUUUUCGACUUACAGAGGGUUUUGUUGGUCAAGUUGAAGAAGUGCAUAAGUAUUGUUUCCGUAAAAUUAUGAGCUCACGUCAUUCAAAUCAAGAAAACUCAUCAAUUUACGAAAGUAAUCGAUCACGCCGUCAACAACCAACACCUUCAAAUAUACCUUCCAAUCAACAAGAACCAUUAAAUUCAUCUCCUUCACAUAGUGAUCAAGCCUCAAAAGCCUGUUGUUUUUGUUGGUGUUGCUGUUGUUCCUGUUCGUGAUGGAUUAUGGAAUCCGACCAGUAUCCGUCACCAUUUUUGUCACAUCAACGUGACUUUUCAAGUUUAGUCUCGUGGCCUCAUUAUUGGCAUCCGGAAUCAUUUAACAUAACAACAAAUCAUAUUUCAACAUCUCCCGGUUCAAAAAUUCUCAACAAUCAAAUGACUCAAGUUGUACCAGAACAUGUGGCUCAUGCCAAACUCAGUGGUAGCGUAAAUAAUAACAAUAAUAAUAAUACUAAUCAUAAUAAUAAUCGAAAAGAAACAAAUGGUACAUAUAAAACUCGAACACAGCGUUCAAUGCCUGCUACAUCAAGUACAAUAUCUGUCACAUGUGAUACAGACACAUCUCUAAGAUCUUAUAAUGCUUGUCAUCGACAAUUAUCAUCAUCGAAAAAAUCAAUGACAUCCAAACAUAAUUUAACUGUAUCACAUUCAUCAUCAGCUUUAAUGAAUAAUGCUAGUGUUCAUUCUCCUACAACAUUGUUUCGUAAUCAUCGUCGAUAUAAAUCAAAUGGUAAUAAUAGUUCAUCGUCGAUGUCAACUAGUUUAACAACAACAUCAGGAAUGAAUAUUGUACAUGGAAAAUCAGCACUAACAUCAUCUAUAUCAACAAUAUCAAUAUCAAAUAAACAUUUAUUAAAAACAACAGAUUUGGAAUGUGCAAGCACUGCUAGUGAUGGAUCAAGUAAUUCAGCUAAAAAUCUUUCACAUAAACAUAAAUCAACUUCACUUGAUGAUGAUCGUCAUCAUCAUCAUCAUCAUCAUCGUCAUAGUCAUCAACAAUUGCGUACAAAUCAAAAUCGAGGAAUUGGAAAAAGUGUUCUUGAACAUCUUGUUUUUGUCUUUCCUGAAAAUGUUCGAAGAAUGCUUACGGGAACAAAAAAUUUAACCGUGCGCACCGACGAUAGCCGUCAACCAGCUGAACCUAUAGAUCUCGGAGAACCAAAAUUAUUUACAUAUAGACCAUCUGUUGAAGAAGUGAAAAGUUGGGCAGAAUCCUUUGACAAAUUAAUGCUUUGUCCUGCUGGUCGUCGUUAUUUUCGUGAUUUCUUACGAUCAGAAUAUAGUGAAGAAAAUUUUCUAUUUUGGAUGUCCUGUGAAUCCCUUAAAAACGAGCAAAAUCCUGAGAUAAUCGAAGAAAAAGCACGAUUAAUCUAUGAAGAUUAUAUAUCAAUAUUGUCUCCGAAAGAGGUAAGCUUGGAUAGUCGAGUGCGCGAAGUAAUCAAUAAAAAUAUGGUUGAACCAUCUCCACAUACAUUCGACGAAGCCCAAUUACAAAUUUAUACUCUAAUGCAUCGUGACUCCUAUCCACGUUUUAUUAAUUCACAAAUGUACCGGCGACUACUACGUAAUGAAGGCGUAAACACUUGA